GCGCCGCUGCGAAUAAAUUGACUCCAGUCUGACGUCCGUUGAGCGAUGGACUGUCCUUGUCGCCAAUCUCCAAUGUAACCCCGUAUAGACAUGUCGAAAGCACAAGCAUCAGCCGCAUUGACGCCCCCCAAAAUAGACAAAAGCUUGUCACUGCACUAGUCGACGGCGGAUGUAGACUGACAUGCGUAUAUAAACGUUGAAGGUCUUCCGUCAAGUACUCAUUACACGGCAUCCAUCCAUCUCUUCAUAACAAACUUCACUCAUCUCACCCACUUUCGCUACCGACACAAGAAUCAACCAUGAAGUUCGCCAUCGUUGCCCUGUUCGCCGGCCUUGCCGCCGCUGCACCCACGACCGUCCAAGACGAUCAAUUCGAGACCGUUACCAUUAACAACGCCGUCUAUGGCGGUCGCGGCGAAAAGCAUCUCGCCUUCUACAUUCACUCUCAACACGUUGACAACGUCCAUUGCGCUGCCGACAACGUCGAGGUCGAUGGCGUCUACAGCUGCGACGACUCUUCAUACACAUUCCGCGUCCUGCAGGUAGACGGCCUCCGUCUUAGAUUGGCCCAUGUUCUUAACGGACCUUCCAUGGUGGGCGACUUCGUUGUCAGGAUGAACGGACCUAUUCCUAUUGCCCUCAGCCAGGUCGGCACUUCCACUGCCGACUUGGACAAGCAGGGAACCGUUUAGAAGAGCUGUGGAUUUGAUAAUGAGGGAUCUUGCAGUAGCUAGGCCCGUAGCUAAACCAUAAUGUUAAUGUGGAUCAACCAAA